AGUGUAAGGCUAAUAGUGGUUAUGCACUUGUCGUGCCACUCGUGCUCUCUCCUUCUAACACACCUCUUUAUAUAAAUAGAUAAAACAAACCACAACUCUUUUGAUCGCCUCUUCGUUCUAGAUUCUUCCAUAUCUUAAGCGGUGACCUGAGAUCACAUUGAACGAUGGUGAAGGCUGUGGCAGUUCUUGGAAGCAGUGCGGGUGUUGCUGGAACUAUUUACUUCAAUCAGGAGGGAAAUGGCCCAACCACCGUAACUGGAAAUCUUACUGGUCUUAAGCCUGGCCUCCAUGGCUUCCAUGUCCAUGCCCUUGGGGACACCACUAAUGGCUGCAUGUCUACUGGACCACAUUUCAAUCCUAAUGGCAAGGAGCAUGGUGCCCCUGAGGAUGAGAAUCGUCAUGCUGGUGAUCUAGGAAAUGUUAAUGUCGGUGAUGAUGGAACCGUCAGCUUCUCUAUUACUGACAGUCAGAUCCCUCUCAAUGGACCACACUCCAUCAUAGGAAGGGCUGUUGUUGUCCAUGCUGAUCCUGAUGAUCUUGGGAAAGGUGGGCAUGAGCUUAGCAAAUCUACUGGAAAUGCUGGUGGCAGAGUAGCUUGUGGUAUUAUUGGUUUGCAAGGAUGAGCCUACCUUCUCAACCCCCAGGAUACAUAAAAAUGUGCGUUAUCAAAUGACGAAGCUUUAGACUUUGUGGAAUAAACUCGCACCCUUCUCCUGUUUGGUUAGGUCCAGUCUGUACUGCUGAAUUCUGUGUUUUGCUCUUAACUUAUCAGAUGGCUAUAUGUCAGCACUUGGUGCUUAAUCAAAUUGUUACUAUGCCUAAGUUUGUGUUAGUGUUAUUUAUAUUUCUUGUUUUUACCA